UCAUYUCACGUUCUGAGGGGGUUUGUGGAACAUUUCCCACCUCCCAGACCUCGUCCAGCUCUAAUCCUCGUUCUUCCUGGGGUGUCCUGGGCUUCCCACAAACAGGAGCCACCUCUCCUCAGUCACCUCUCCUCCUCUGACAGCAUUCCCCAGUUCCACUCUGGAGGAGAUGGGGCRCAAGGAAGAGGACGACAGCAGCUCCUGGAAGAAGCAGACCAGCAACAUCCGUAAAACUUUUAUCUUCAUGGAGGCGCUGGGAUCAGGCGCCUUCUCCGAAGUCUUCCUGGUGAAGCAGAAAAGCACCGGCAAACUCUUUGCUCUGAAAUGCAUCAAGAAAUCUCCUCUGAGCAGGGACAGCAGCCUGGAGAACGAAAUAGCAGUGCUGAAAAAAAUAAAGCACGAAAACAUCGUGACUUUGGAAGAUAUUUAUGAGAGCACAACGCAUUUUUACCUGGUGAUGCAGCUGGUGUCUGGGGGAGAGCUGUUUGACAGGAUCUUGGAACGGGGCGUUUACACGGAGAAGGACGCCAGCCUGGUGAUCCACCAGGUCCUGACAGCUGUGAAAUACCUUCAUGAGAAUGGGAUUGUGCACCGGGACCUGAAGCCCGAGAAUCUCCUUUACCUGACCCCCGAGGAGAACUCCAAAAUCAUGAUCACRGAUUUUGGCUUGUCGAAGAUGGAGCAGAAYGGGAUCAUGUCCACGGCCUGUGGGACUCCGGGAUAUGUGGGUGAGCACUGGGCUGAACUGGGGGGAAUUCCUGGAAAAGAUUGUGCAGGUACAGGGCAUUGCCUGAAAAAUGGGGAAAAUACAUCAGUGUGGCUCUGUGGGUACCCUCCUUUCUAUGAGGAAACUGAGUCCAAGCUCUUUGAAAAGAUUAAGGAAGGUUACUACGAGUUUGAGUCUCCCUUCUGGGAUGAUAUCUCCGAGUCAGCCAAGGAUUUCAUCCGACACCUCCUGGAGAAGAACCCGAGCGUGAGGUUCACGUGUGAGGAAGCCCUGAGGCACCCAUGGAUUAAUGGAAAUACAGCCCUUCACCGUGACAUCUACCCAUCUGUCAGCGCUCAGAUCCAGAAAAACUUUGCAAAGAGCAAAUGGAGGCAAGCCUUCAACGCCGCGGCCGUCGUGCACCACAUGAAGAAGCUGCACAUGAGUGGCCACGGGGCAGCCGAAAGCUCUGUCCCUGUCACAGACACCUCGGAGCCCCCCCGACCCAGCAACCCCACGGGGACACCAAGAGAUGGCAGGGACAUGGCACAGGGACACCCAAACCCACCCACCCAUCCGGAGCAGGACACGGCAGCGAGGGAGGAAAGGCUGGAGAGACCCGAGCCCGGGGACAGCAGCCUGAUGUCACACACCCACAGUCCCCCUGAGGAGAGACCCCAGCCUGGGGACAGCAGCCUGGCCCUGCCAGACACCCACAGCCCCCCAGGCAGGAGCUCCUGUGGCUGCAGCCCCUCCUGUGUGACCCAAGAGAAGACAAAGUCCUGCUGCUCCGAGACUGUGCUGCUCAAAAAGCCUUCAAAAUCCCAUCAUUUCAAGUCAGAGGUUCUUGUUCCAGUGAAAACCAGUAAACACUCGUCUCACUGUGGCACUGGGCAAACUGGAGUUUGUUUGAUCAUGUGAUGGAGGCAACCACAUUGUCAGAGAACCAGAAGGGCUCUUUUACUUUUCUGCACUUCAGAGCCAGMGUGAGCAGSAAAGGGGCCGUGCCCCCGGCAGCUCUCCAGAGCAGUGCCCGGCUGGGAACGGGCAC